UCAUUAUACUACUAUCAUUUUCCACUAAUCAGCUGCAACUACUACUCCUACUUUUCAGUAGAGAGAGAGAGAGAGAGAGGGAGAGAGAGAGAGACGUUGGAGAUUGGACAGAGAAAGAGUUGUUUUUUACAUUUCUGGAAAUAAAAGAAAAGAGACUGAGCCUCGCCGGCAAGCCUUCAAUGGUUGUAUGUAUAUUUUAUUGAGUGCGUCUGUAUAUGGGUAUCCUUUUUUCUUUUUUUUUUUGGGCAAGUGUAUAUGGGUAUCCUUGUACUACGACUGUGCUGAAAUGGUCAAAAAAAAGCAACAACGGAAUGGUUUUUUCAAAACCAAACUUUUUCAAUCCACUGUCUUUUCCAAGAAACGGCAGACAAGUGCAGAAAGCCCCAAAUCAGUGAUCAGGGGUUUUUGGGUUGGUCCCACUCAAUUCCAAUUCGAGGUACAUGCGCACUGAUUGCUCUCCAUGUUUGAAGUUUCAGGUCCUGUUGGAUUAUAGAAUCUAUACAGGAAUUUAUAUAGCAUUGUAGCAUUGAUGGCUGAUUGAAUUUCUGGUUUUUUUUAUUGCAUGGGAGUAGUAUUGGCUGAUAAAUUGGUGGUAAAGGAGUUGAAUUCUGUGUCUGGAUCAAGUUGAGUUCAUUGUUUUCUCAAGUAGAAGAGGGUUUUUCAGAUAGAGUUAGUUGUUGGUUUAGGGGGUUUUGCUGGUGAUUCUCUAUCUGUUUGGAUCAGAACUUCAGUUGAUUGUUCUCUUUAUAGGGAUAUCAAGAAGAGAAGUUUUUGGUAGAGUGACUGGUUGAUGCUGCCUACAGUUAUUGCAAGUGAUUUAUGUAUUAUUAGUAAAGGGGGAGUUCUGUUGAUUGUGAGACAAGGCUCGGUUUGGUUUGGGGAGUUGUGUUGGGUUUUUAUUGGUAAUUCAUGGGUUGCGUUUGCGGAAAGCCUAAUAUUGUAGAAGAUGUCAGACAGACACUGAGGGGGAGACAGUUGAGUAGAGAGUCGAAUAAAGGGUUGUCGAAUUCAGAUGUACCACCUCGAGUUAUUUCUUCAAAGAGAGAUGAGAAUUUUCCGGUGAAAGAGUGGUUGUUAGAUGGUGGUGACAAUAGAGUCAGGUUUACAGAUAAGAAGUUCACCGGUUUAAAUCAGGUCGGGGGGGACUAUGUUGAGAGGUUGUUAGAUGGUGGUGCAAUAGUUGCUCCUGAUUAUCCAGCUAUAGCAAGCAUCCCAAAAGCUACAGAAGGGGAACAGGUUGCUGCAGGUUGGCCUUCUUGGCUUGCUGCGGUAGCUGGAGAGGCUAUCAGUGGAUGGGUGCCACGGCGUGCUAAUACCUUCGAGAGGCUAGACAAAAUUGGCCAAGGAACUUAUAGCAAUGUAUACAAGGCUCGUGAUCUAACUCACAUGAAAGUGGUUGCUUUAAAGAGAGUGAGGUUUGACAACAUGGAUCCUGAAAGCGUCAAGUUCAUGGCAAGGGAAAUCCUUGUUUUGCGCAGGCUUGAUCAUCCAAAUGUAAUUGCAUUGGAAGGCUUGGUCACAUCAAGGACUUCUUGUAGCUUGUACCUUGUGUUCGAGUAUAUGGAACAUGAUCUUAUGGGGCUUGCAUCUCUUCCUGGUGUCAAAUUCUCAGAACCACAGAUCAAAUGUUACAUGCAACAGCUACUAAGUGGACUUGACCAUUGUCAUAGUCGUGGUGUUCUGCAUCGUGACAUUAAAGGUUCAAACCUUUUAGUCGACAAUCAUGGAAUACUGAAGAUUGCAGACUUUGGCUUAGCAAGUUUUUUUGAUCCUCACCAGAGAGUGCCAAUGACAAGCUGUGUUGUGACCCUUUGGUAUCGUCCACCUGAACUUUUACUUGGAGCAGCUCAUUAUGGAGCUUCAGUGGAUUUGUGGAGCACUGGUUGUAUACUUGGAGAAAUAUAUGCUGGCAAGCCUAUAAUGCCUGGUAGAACGGAGGUGGAGCAAUUGCAUAAAAUCUUCAAGCUUUGUGGCUCUCCGUCGGAAGACUAUUGGAGAAAGUCAAAGUUACCUCAUUCGACGGUGUUCAAACCUCUACAACCUUAUAAGCAACGUCUUGCGGAGACGUUUAAGGAUUUUCCUCCUCUUGCUGUAUGGCUUAUGGAGACCUUAUUGUCUGUAGAUCCUGAAAAUCGGGGAACAGCAGCUUCUGCACUCAAAAGUGAGUAUUUUACCACAAUACCGCUUGCUUGUGAUCCUUCAUCUCUGCCAAAAUAUCCUCCCAGCAAAGAGAUUGACACCAAAUUGCGGCAUGAAGAUGCUAAAAGGAAAGAAGUGACAGGAGGCAGGGGGCAGAGGGAUGACCAGGAAACCGGAGCAGCAACACAACCUCGGGCAGUUCCAGCACAAAAUACUAAUGCCGAGGCAGUGAAAUCAUUGCAGACCCGGCAAAGCAACUCCGGUUCAAAGAGCCGCAGUGAGAAGUUCGCCCGUUAUCAGGAGGACGGUGCUACAGGGUUUCCUAUUGGUCCACAGAGACAAACACGAGCUGCAAAAGAAGCGGACAAAGACCUAGCGGAUCAAAAUCCUAGAAGAGCUCCAAAUUCAGGGCCGUUGGUUUCGGGGAGCGGAUGGAAAAAGGCCGGGAAGAAAUACGAUGAUAUUGUUUUUCCUUCCAGCAGAGCAAACUUAUCAACCUUAUCUGGUUUAGUAGCAUCAAGGGCGUUGUUGUCUGAAGAGUGCCCCGAUAAACUUUUUCCUUCACAACUAGAAUCAGAAAAUCAAUUGGGUAUGUCGUCGGUACAAUAUGAAGUUUCGGGACCCAUGAGGAAGAACGAUCGGAUCUUUGUCGGUGUCGGUUCUCAACGCUUAGAAAAAACCAGAGCCAGUGUCAAAGAGGCCGUUCUGAAUGGUCAUGGGUCCAAGGGCAACAAGAUGCAUUACUCUGGUCCGUUACUUCGUCCAUCAGAUACUAACAUGGAUCAAGUGCUAAAAGAACACGAGCGCCGGAUUCAAGAAGCUGGUCGACGAGCAAGGCUUGAGAAGGCGAGGCUAGCUAAAGGUCAGGAUUCGGACAUGCAAAUACCGGCCACCAAUCAAAUAUAUGUCUCCAGUCGUGGCGCUGGCUAAAUCAGCACACGCAGAGAGAGAGAGAGAGGGGUCUCGUGUAAAAUUAUAGUUUGUGUACAUAUAUUUUGAGUUAGACAGUGAUUUUGGCACUCCAUAUUUAACAUCUUCCCUUCAAAAGUGGAGUGCGAAAAAUCAAUUUCCAUAAAUCUUCCUCAAUUUAGUAGAAGUACUUUGUAACAUUGGAGUGUGAGAAUAAAAGGAAUCACCAAAUUUUGAACCAAA